GUGGCCCUCAGGGGUGCUGGGGUGGGGUCUUGCAGGCUGGACGUCUGUCUCGGAAGACCGGUCCCCGCUGUGAACCCCGAGGAGAGGCCCAGGGAGCCUCCGUCUCCUCACGGGCCCUGUCUGUGCCCCUGUGAGGGGCUCCGGGCGAGGGUCCCCAGCACCCCUACACCAGGCCUGCCACUGACGUCCCUGCGGGGAUGGGCGCCUCCGCCCCGCCUUGGGGUGAACGAGGGCAUCGCUGCCUUGGGCUCCCCCUCCCUGGGGUUUGGCUCCUGCCCUCGGCCGGCGGUGCAAAUCACAGGCUUCCAGAGGCCGUCCGGCUCUCCCGGAGCCUAUUUUAGACCCGGAGCCCCCCUCUCUCCCCCGGCUCCCCCGUCCCGGCCUGGCUCACUGGUGCUCAAACUUAGGCUGGAGCAGGGGGACUUGGGGUGCGCCCCCUGGGGAGGGGCCGGGCCUGCCCAGGCAGCUCCAGUUCCAACCACAACAUCCUUUGGGGUUUGGCCUUUAGAGCUGGGGCAGAUGACUCCCACACGGCCCUGGCACAGUCCCCCGGGACCCGCCCACAACAUGGGGGGCGCCCCCCUCGCCUGCGGGGCUCAACUAGGAGUAUAAGUGGCGCGGGUGCUGGCCGCGGCGAGAGACAGACCAACUGAGGCCCAGCAGCCCCGCAGCCGCUCACGGACGCAGACAGGACAGACCCGCCAUGAGGCCCGUGACGGCCCUCACCCUGCUGGCCCUGGCUGCGCUCUGCCUGGCGGGCCCGGCCGAUGCGAAGCCCAGCGGUGCAGAGUCCCGCAGAGGAGCAGCCUUCGUGGCCAAGCGGGAGGGCAGCGAGGUGGUGAGGAGGCUCCGGCGCUACCUGGACCCCGGGCUGGGAGCCCCAGCCCCCUACCCGGACCCCCUGGAGCCCAAGAGGGAAGUCUGCGAGCUCAACCCCGACUGCGACGAGCUGGCUGACCACAUCGGCUUCCAGGACGCUUACCGGCGCUUCUACGGCACGGCCUAGGCACGGCCUAGAGCGGGCGCCCCGACGGCCCUGGCCAGCUGAGCCCUCCCCGCCUGCCCCCCGCACCCUGCCUCUCCCCCUGCCUCCCGUCCCGCAAGGGUGGGGUCCCCAUCAUCCCGCUGCUCCAGAAUAAA